GUAAAUUAUCAGGAAAUUUUAAUUCUGAAGUGAACUAAUCCUUUAAGGCCCCGAUAUACUUCAAAUUAAAUAGAAGAACGAACUGAUGUGAUGUAAUUUCGAACAAAAUCAGGCCAAAACAAAUUUCGUUUUGUGUUUGUUUUAGGAGUUUGAAAUGGCUUGCCAAAGCAAACUCUCAGGAAAAGUUUGCUCCAGCUGCCAGAGUCGUUAAGCAAUCUAUUGAAUAAAAUGUAAUAUAAAUAAAUGUGACGUGACUUUACUGGAGUGCUAAUUUGCAGAGCUCGUGCUAACAUACCCAUGUUGUUAUGAUCAGAUGCUUUUCUUAUGCUUUCCAUAAAAAAUCCUUGCUGUUUUCUCAUUUUUGUUGUGUUUAUUUUGUUACUGAGAGGAAAGCGUGCAGCACAUAUUUACAUAUUCAUCUAAACCCAGCUCUCAGCAGUGUGGACGGCGUCAGAUAUUCGAUAACAGUAUAUCUCUGCUCACGUAACUUCAUUUUUUCCCAAAAUGAAGAACGAAAAAGAACUUCACCGGCUUGUCUUUUUAUGCGGGUUGGGGAUUCUCCAAAUGCUGAGUGUGACUGAAGGAAGCAUUGGGGGAUGUGGGUGUCCAGCAGCCAGCAUUUUGUCUCACUUUCCAUCUAAGGUAUCCAAUGACACAUGCUGCUUGAACUACUCAGGAUCCACAUUUAACCAGAUGUCGUGGCCAGCUUUUUUGUCACAUACACACUUGCAGGUUUUGGACCUGACGAACUGUAAUAUCAGUCACAUUGAUCACAGUGAGGUCGGUGACGCUGUCAGUUCACUGAGAGAGCUGUAUCUCAGCCAGAACAGACUGACAUCUCUCCCAGCUGACUUCCUCACUAAAGCUUAUAGUUUGGAAGUGUUGGAUUUAGGAGUGAAUCAUCUGAAGGAUCUGCCUGAGCGAUUUCUGCAGAACUCGGACAAACUGCGAGUGCUGAUCCUGGGAUGGAACCAGCUGAGCGCUCUGCCUCAUUCAGCGCUUAAGCCUUCGCUAAAGCAUCUGGAGCUCAUUGGAAACCCCUGGGACUGUACAUGCUUGCUGUGGGAGGGGCUUCAAAGUGGUCUGCAUGACAACUCCAGCAGCCUUCAGGACCUCGUAGGUAAUCUGACCUGUGCCUCUCCUCAAAAUCUGGCAGGGCGGACGAUUUGGUCUUUGCAGACCAGUGACGUGUGUCAUGUGGCCAACCUGACCGCUCUCUUCAUCCUGCUUCCCCUGCUCCUCCUCCUCAGUUUGGUGCUGUGUUGGUGCUGUGGCAGAAAGAAGAAGAGGAAAGAGACUCCCUCGUUCAGCCCAACUCGCAAAAGGGCCAACAACCCCCAUUGCAAUGGACGGUGGCCACAUGCCAAACUGCCCACUGAGGAGUCAGCUGUGUCUGUCGACAGCGGCAAGGAGGUCAUACUGAGGAACCAGCUGAUGCUUCAGCCCUCGUCCACCCUGUUAGGCAGCACUCGGGAUAUUUAUGAGGAGGUGGAGAUCAAACUGGGCUCUGUGGACUCGCUGGCUCCUCCGCCGUCAACUUGCUCCACAGAAGGGACCGCAGGAAAGCAGGACCUGGACACGGUGAGUGUGAGUGAGGUGAUGAAGGACUCGGCCGAUCGGGAGAAGGCGUACUUGACCCAGUCCACUGAAUACUACAGCCUGGUUCCCGGGAUUGAAAUUGAAGACUCCGAUCAUGGAGAGUAUGAAAGUGUGGACCUCUCGUGACAUUACAGGAAAUGCCGCAUUUGGUUGAAAUACUUUUACUAUGAAAUACUAUUGUUCCCCCAAAAAUGAAAAUUAUCCCGUGAUUUACUCACCCUCAAGCCAUCCUAGGUGUAUAUGUAUAUAUAUGUAUAUAUAUGUAUGUGUAUAUAUCUUCAUUCAGACGAACACAAUUGGAGAUAUAUUAAAAAAUAUCCUUGCCCUUCCAAGCUUAAUAACGGUAGUGAACAGGGGCCGUGUUUUUAAGCCCCAAAAAAUGCAUCCAUCCAUCAUAAAUAUAAUCCAUACGGCUCCAGGGGGUUAAUAAAGGCCUUCUGAAGCAAAGCAAUGGGAUUUGGUAAGAAAAAUAUACAUAUUUAAAACUUUAUUAACUAAAAUAACUUCCGCCAAACAACCAUAAGCGUACUGCACAAGCCGACUUGCGCCAAAAGAGUAACCCCGAUGCGUUGUAUGACGUAGGAUGUAGGAGUAGCGUAAGCUUAGACACCUCUCGUGGUUCAAACAGAGAAGCUCCUCUUCUCUUAUAUCGAAAUCCUCUGACAUUUCUCUUUAAAAUUUCUUGUUUUAGACUACGAGACCGGUGUUUUGUUUUGCUCUAUCCUUUGAGCUUCCGCGUUCGUCAUUGCAUCAUGCAUCAGGUCAGAGGUUACUCUUCCGCCGCAAAUCUAUGCGUACGGCCGUCUGCUGAAAGCUAGUUAUUAUAGUUAAUAAAGUUUUAAAUAUGGAUAUUUUUCUUACAAAAACCCUUCACUUUAGAAGGCCUUUAAUUAACCCCCUGAGGCUGUAUGGAUUAUAUUUAUGAUGGAUUUUUUGGGGGCUUCAAAACACGCCCCCACUCAUUAUUAUAAAGCUUGGGAGAGCCAGGAUAUUUUUAAAUAUAUUUCAGAUUGUGUUUGUCUGAAAGAAGAUAGUCAUAUACACCUAGGAUGGCUUGAGGGUGAGUAAAUCAUGGAAUAAUUUUCAUUUUUGGGUGAACUAUCCCUUUAAGUACACUGGAGUUUUGUAUCUCUGAAUUUAAUUGGAUCACUGGUCAUUACGUUAUCCAUGAUUACGUUAUCCAUAAGGAAGUCACUGCGCCAGUGCGGACCCAUUACUUUUGCAUACAACGUGAAUGAAUUACUGUACUGAUAAAGUGUCAAACAGAGCUGUAUGCAGACUCAAUCAGUCUGUUGCCAAGAUAAGCUAUCAUAUAGCUGUCGCCUGAAUAUUUUCAUUAUAUCGAGAUUUUUAUAUCUUCGUCAUCUACUGUAAUUUAGUUGGGAAGUUUUUAUUAUUGUAAUCUUACUUUGUUUCACAUUCAGUUACAGUGUUUAGUGUACAAUGUAUUUGGUGUCCCAUAUAAUUUAUAUAUCAUAUUAUGAAGAGGAACAGUAACAGUAGAGAGCAAGAGAACAUUAAACACAACCACAGUCCAGCCUCUUGGUCAUAAGCAACCAAGUCUGCCAUUGUAACUAUAAUUGAAAACAGUGCUUUGCUAAAAUUUGAUGUAUGAUGGACCAACAUUUCUCUCCUACACAGAAGUAUGGAGGUUGGUAUAUGAAGUAUGAAGUUUUUUCUAACUACAGUGCCCUCCACAAAUAUUGGCACCCUUAGUAAAUAUGAGCAAAGGUGGCUGUGAAAAUAAAUCUGCAUUGUUUAUCCUUUUGAUCUUUCAUUCACAAAAUUCUAAACUUUCAUCGAAGUAAAACAAUUGAAAGUUGGGGGUAAAUCACAUUAUGAAAUAAAUGUUUUUCUUCAAUACAUGUUGGCCACAAUUAUUGGCACCCCUAGAAAUUCUUAUGAGUAAAAUAUCUCUGAAGUAUAUUCCCAUUCAUAUUUACAUUUUUUAGCACACCAGGGUGACUAGGAGCAUGAAAUUGUCUAGCCAUGACUUCCUGUUCCACAGGAGUACAAAUAUGUGUAAACACAAAGGCCAAAUUCCCUUAAUAAUUCAUCACAAUGGGUAAAACCAAAGAAUAUAGUUCUGAUGUGCAGCAAAAGAUUGUUGAGCUUCACAAAAUAGAAAGUGGCUGGGUUCAAGAAAGAGAGGAUUUCAUCCAGACAGAAACAAUAUCCAGCAUAUUCAGUUGUCAGACACGACUGGAACUUCAAACGGGACCGGCUUCUAUGGUGAGAUGAAACUAAAAAAAGAGCUUUUUGGCAGCAAACCCACCAGAUGGGUUUGGUGCACACAUGGAUAAAAAGUACCCCAUGCCCACAGUUAAAUAUUACACUGGAUUUUUAAUGUUGUGGGCCUAUUUUUCUGCUGGAGGUCCUGGACAUCUUAUUCAGUUACAUGGUAUCAUGGAUUAAAUACCAACAGAUAAAAAUCAAAACCUGACCGCUUCUGCUAGAAAUCCAAUAAUGGGCCUUGGUUGGAUCUUCCAUCAGGACAAUGAUCCAAAACAAACAUCAAAAUCAACACAAAAAUGUGUCACUGACCACAAAAUGAAGCUUCUGCCUUGGCCAUACCAGUCCCCUGACCUGAACCCUAAAGAAAAUGAAUGGAGUGAACUGAAGAGAAGAAGCACCGACAUGGAGCUGUAAAUCAGAAGGAUCUGAAGAGAUUCUGCAUGAAGGAAUGGUCUCUGAUCUCUUGUCAGGUGUUCUCCAAACUCAUCAGGCAUUAUAGGAGAAGACUCAGAGCUGUUAUCUUGGCAUAUGGACAUUGCAAUAAUUGGGUGUCAAUAAUUGUGGCCAACGUGAACUAGAGAAAAACAUUUAUUUCAUAAUGAGAUUUUCCCCCCACUUUCAAUUGUUUUACUUAAAUGAAAGGUUAGAAUUUUGUGAAUUUUUUGAAUGAAAGAUCCAAAGGAUAAACAAUGCAGAUUUAUUUUCAUAGCUGCCUUUGCUCAUAUUUACUAAGGGUGCCAAUAUUUGUGGAGGGCACUGUAUAUAUGUUGAAAACAGUGACCAUUUAUUCAGACGUAUCCACAUUUGGCCACAGCUGAUGUAAUCAUUAUUUUUGGCCUUGUUAAUAAUUAAUUUACUCUUAGCGAGUUCAAAUGUGCAUAAUCAAAUCAACAGAAACAGCUAUACUAGUCAAAUGAAGUGGCUUUCAGAUAAUAUCAGGCUGACUCAGCGAGUACAAGUUAACAUAAGCAGAUUUCAAUGGAAAGAAUAAAUGAAACAAAAGAGUUUGAGUACGUAUACCAUACAGAACAAAUAACUCAACUUUUACCAAUAAAAUGACUUUUUCUAUCUCACAUCCAUUGUUAUUGUUAACUAAAACUAAAACUAUUAAAAAUUGUAAUAGUUUUCGUUAAUUGAAAUAAAGCUGAAAUGAAAUAAAAUAUAAAUAUCAGAUGAAAAACUUAAAUGAAAAUGAGAAAUUUUUGCCUUAGCAACAAACUAAAAUAAAACAAGUUAAAGCUGAAGUACUAAAAUUACUAAAACUUAUACUGAAAUAAAAAAAUAAAACAAAAUAGAAAUAUGAAAAAAUCAAUAAAAAUGAUAAAAGCACAUAAAACAACAAACUAAAAUUGAAAUAAAAACAAAAAUAUAUAUAAUAGUGAUAAAUAUAUAUAUUAUAGUGUAAUAGUGAUUUCAAAUUAUUAUUGAAUGCUGUAUGUAUAUAUUAAAUAACACUGCCAAUCUCAUUGACAAAAUGGCAGAUCUCAACAAAUCUCUAACAAGAGUGAUGGUGAAACAACACAGAGAUGCUGACAUGCAAACUGAACAAAACACAGUUUUUGUAAUCUUGGGCGCACAUGAGUUACACUGGAUAUGACAUUCUGUAUGAUUUUAAUAUGAGAGCUUGUGGCAUUAACAAAGAAUCUUGAAAAUGAGAAAUUAUAUUUCAUUCUUGGCUUCAAAUAAAUGCUUUUUCACAUAA